AUGGCGGAAUCUAACAGCUUGUUCAAGUCAAAGUUGGAAUCAAUCAGAGAAAACAAGCUUCGCUCCGUUGGGGGAUUGUGGGCAAGUGGAGUAAUUGGAUCAUUGGCGUACAACUGGUCUCGGCCCGGCAAGCCAAGCGUCAAGAUCAUCCACGCCAGGCUGCACGCACAAGCGUUGACGUUAGCUGCAAUAGUGGAGUACCACGAUCACACUAAAUCUCAAAUAAGGGAACACCGUUACCCCUAGUUUCUUCCUCGCAGUCGCAACGAUUAGAACACAACGAAUUAUUACUCCAUUAUUUAUGUACUCCCUAUUUAAGUUCAACUCUAGCAGUAAUUGGUUUUUUUUAAUCUUCUCCUAAGUUUUACCUGGAAUUUUUAUUUUUUUUAAUUCAUAACAUGUCUAAGUGUGUAAUGUUGGAAUCUUGUUUUAAGA